AUGGGAUCUUCUGAGCGAAAACAUCGUCAGCGCCAGCAGUCCGAGCUCGAGGCACUGCAAUCACGAAUAAAAUCAUUGGAGCAUUUGUUAAAUGUUGUUGAUGAGAGGAAAGAAAAGCUUCAAACCAUGGUCUUGGAAUGCCUCACUUUGUUGAUCGCGCGAGAACGACAACUUAAGGUCAACAGCUCAUGUUGCUGUCAAACAAAUGUUGCCCUGGGUGGUACUACAAAUAUAUCGGUGGCUAGAACAGAUACAGUUCCAGACGAGCUGUUGUUGAGCCAACUUCUGGGUUCAUCAAAAGGAAUUCUUGAUCAAACUGGAAGGAUGAGAACUACAAACGUUUCGGUAGCGGCAACGCUUCCUGGUGAAGACCUGUUGAAUGACAUGGUAGAAUCACCAGGAUCUCAUGACAACAUUGAAAACCUAAGUACUAUGUACACCCCAGUGGCUGCAACAGCAAUCAUUCCAGGCCCCUCGCUAUUGAAUCAACUGCUAGAAGGGCUGGGAGUGACACUAGAUGACUAUGAAAGGAUGCGCACAACCAGCACAAGGGGCUCCUCAGUAUCAAGAAGUUUCUCUUCUUCCGGGUCCCCCAUGGAGACUACCGCUCAGUCUUCGAUGGAGGGGUUUGAAGAUCAUGGACUCCCUUCUUCGGGUCCCGAUAUGGUCCACAGUAUGCUCGAAACAAUGGCAGAGGAACUUGGACUAGAUUCCUUCCAGAUGAGAGAUGAUUAUAGGAAUUCUUACUAG